AAUUUUCGUCCUGCUCAAAAAGGUCACGUAUCAAUUGCCUUAAGUUCUCAUUGGAUAAAACCUCAAAGCAUGGCUGAAAAAAAUAUAGAGGAAUGUCAGAAAUCUCUCGACUUUGUGCUGGGCUGGUUUGCAAAGCCUAUAUUUAUUGACGGAGACUAUCCUCAGAGCAUGAAGCAUUAUCUUUCCUUGACAUUACCAGAAUUCACUGAAGCAGAAAAAAAGUUAGUCAGAGGAACAGCUGAUUUCUUUGCGCUUUCGUUUGGAGCCACAUUAAGUUUUCAUCUGGUGGAUUCCGACAUGCUGUUCCAGCAGCGGGAGUCACUGAACCUGAGGCAGCUACUUUACUGGAUAAACAGGGAAUAUAAUACAUCACAGAUCUUCAUUGUAGAGAACAGUUGGUUUGUUUCUGGAAAUACGAAGACAGAUGAUUCUAAUUAUAUGAAUUACCUUAAAAAUUUCAUUAUGGACACAUUAAAAGCUAUCAGAUAUGAUGGAGUUUCUGUGAUCGGGUACACAGUUUGGUCCCUCAUGGAUGGCUUUGAAUGGCUCAGAGGCUAUAUUCGACGGGGCUUAUUUUAUGUUGACUUUCAAAGCCGAGAUAAAAAAAUGAUAUUGAAAUCUUCAGGCUUGUUCUACCAAAAGCUGAUUGAAGACAACGGUUUUCCCCCAACACCAGAAAGCCAACCUUUUGAAGGGACUUUCCCCUGUAAUUUUGUUUGGGGGAUCACAGAAAACUUUCUUCAGAUAGAUACAACUCGAACUCAGUUUCUUGACCCUAAUGUUUAUAUAUGGGAUGUUCACCAAACCAAGAAACUCAUUAAAAUUAAUGGAAGUGGUGUUCUGAAACGCAAGCCUCACUGUGUUGACUUUUCUGCUGUCAGAUUCCAGGUUUCUUUACUUCAGAAGAUGCACAUUACACAUUUUUAUUUUUCACUAAUGUGGCCUUUGAUCCUCCCUUUUGGCAAUGAGACAACUGUUAACCAAACGCUUCUAUUUUACUAUCAGUGUUUUGUGCGUGAACUCCUCAGAGUUAAUAUCACUCCUGUAGUUGCUUUGUGGCAACCUGGGACUAAGAAUCAAGGACUGCCUCGUUCUCUGGCCAGCAAUGGAGGAUGGGAGAGCCAUCAUACUGUGGAAGCUUUUGUUGCGUAUUCUCAGUUCUGUUUUAAAAACUUUGGCCAACAUGUCAAAUUUUGGAUCACAAUGAAUGAACCCAAUGUGAAGAACUUGACAUACAAAGCUGCACAUAAUCUUUUGAAAGCACAUGCCAAAGCAUGGCACCUGUAUGAUAAAAAAUUCAGAAAGACUCAAAAAGGUAAAAUAUCAAUUGCCUUACAUGCUGACUGGGUUGAGCCUGCCUGCCCCUUUUCAAAAAAGGAUGAAGAGGCAUCCAGGCGAGUUUUGGAAUUUGACAUUGGCUGGCUGGCGGAGCCCAUCUUUGGGACUGGUGACUAUCCAGAAGUGAUGCGACAGUGGCUUCGCCAAAAAAAUGAUCUAGGUUUUUAUAAUUUUCAGUUACCUUAUUUCUCAGCAGAGGAGAAGAAUCUAAUAUAUGGCUCAUUUGACUUCUUUGCUCUAAGUCACUAUACCACAAUCCUUGUCAAUUCUGAAAAAGAAAUUCCCACAAAGUACGAUAACCUCCUUGAUAUCCAGAUGCUAAAUGAUAUCACUUGGGUGAAAUCGCCCAGCCGAACUCCAGUGGUGCCCUGGGGACUACGGAAGCUUCUCAGUUGGGUUAAACAUAAAUACGGCAAUAUCCCAAUUUAUAUUGUAGCCAGUGGAAUCGAUGAUGAGCAGAAUGAAUCUCAUGACAAGUUGAGGAUAUAUUAUCUGGAGAAUUAUAUUAACGAAGCCUUAAAAGCCUACACCUUGGAUGAUGUUAAUCUCCAUGGCUAUUUUGUCUAUUCUUUCAGUGACAGAGGGGACUCUAGAUCAUAUGGUCUCUAUCGUUACGUGAUAAACCAGUAUGAAGCAAAACCUUCGCUGAUGUAUUAUAGGCAGAUAAUUGACAAUAACACCUUGCCUGGCUCAGGAAACCAAGACCGGGUUUGCCCCAAAGAGGCUCUUCACUGCCCAGAAUGUGAAUCUUUGCAACCUAGAAAAUCUUUGUUGGCGUUUAUAUCAUUCAUACUCUUUGCUUUCAUUGUUACUAUAUUUCUGAUUGCUUACUACUCCAAGAAGAUUGAGAAAAGGCCCAAAUACCAUUUCCCAGUUGCUUGCUGCCUUUCACCUGUGUUACCUGGAGGAGUCUGGAAAUGAUUAUGCGAUAGGCUCUGAUUGUUACUGCACUGGGUAGGCUGCCUAAUGCUGUGGAUCCCUGAGCACCCAGAUGAAUCAUGUCCAUGGAGUUUGUAUGACUCCUCUUGGGAUUGGUAUUAGCAUUUUUGGUUUUAGCUCCCGGAAGUUAAUUCCAACUCUCUUCUCCAGUAGUGGCUUUGAUUCACCAAGGGAGAUGGAGGCACAUUGCCUUUGCUUGCCCCAUUAGAGAUAUUCUCAUGUAAAUGCUCAUCUGCACCAUCUUGAUGGAGAUCUCUUUGAGGAGAUUGAAUAUGUCUCUUGGUGAGGAUGAUGCUUGAAGUGAAUAGCUUGUACAAAUGCUGAGGAGUGGAUUGCUUCUUCCGUAUGCUGUCAGCAAUGCCAAAGCUUUCUUUCAGGAUACUCCUUUCUAUUCCCCUCUUUUCCAUUUUCUGUUUCAUACUUCAAAAUUUGAUUCAGCUUCUUUGUGCAUGAACAUGCCUAGUCUUUUAAUGGGCUAAUUUUAGUUCCUGUUCUAGGAACUAGGAUUUUCUUUCCAUAAAUUAUUAUUGUAGUUCUACAAUUGUUUCCUGUAUUUAUUUGGUCACCAUGAGAGCCUCCCUCCCCCUUUUAGCUGAAGGUUUAAAAUUAGACUGAUGAAGACAUAAAGAGAUGAAUUUAGAUACACCAUUUUUUUUAAUAAAUCAUAAAUCUUUGGCUACUGAGUUCACAGAAUAAAAUUAACAUUUUGUUUAGUCAGAUGAUCUUUAAGAGCUCAGGGACAGGCAGAAGGCCCCAUAUUCAGUCUGUCCAAUGUUCAUAUAGUGUUUGGUCUAAAAGGCUCAAGUAUCAGUGAGUACAAAUAAUAAAGUACUAGAUGGAUCAAUGUUCUGUCAAUACCUGUGUUCUUGCUGACUCUUAAAUUGAAAAGUUAACCUAAAAAAGGUCCAGCAUACGUGUAAGAAUACUAAAGCAGGAAAAUGGUAUCUUAAAACUGCAUUUUGAUCAUCUGUGAAUUGAUAAGCAAUUGUGAACAUGCCCAACUAAAUUUUCCUAUAAAAAGAGAAUAGUUAUAUGGACAAAGAAGAAUGUCUGAAGUAAGGGAUUUCUUUAGCAUUUGGAGUUAAUUUAUUUCCAUAAAAAGAGGCAGCCAAAGUAAUUCUACAGCUUGUCCUCUUUUUAGUUGCUGAUGUUGCUCUACAUUAGUGAAAGAAUCUGUCUUGUUGCAUCUUUCAUAGGAAAGCUGUAAACAGGGCCAGGGUAAGUAAGUAAGUAAAUGACAUCUGGUAAGAUUUAAAAGCAAUAUGAAUCAGGCAGUAACUGUGAGAUUGGGUAUUUUCAGAUAACAAAUGGAAGUCCUACCCUGUUCGUGUCCUUGGAAUGAGUAGAUAGCAACCAACAGAUUCAAAUCACUCCUAGCUUUUAUGUUUUUAAAGUUUAUUUUUUUCCUAUUAGCAUUUGGUGCAGUCUUAACUCUUCUUUGCAGCUAGCAUGUGCUCAUCCACCUUUUCUCAGCUUGGCACCUGCUGAUGUAUGGGUGACUCCCAGAAUUCUCAGCUUGUCUGGCGAAUUUGCUGUAACCUAAUUACAGACUGCAAUCAUAAACAGCCUUACUAGAAUUUAAACCCCCGAGAACAUUGCCCAAAUAAACACGUAAAUGAUUGGCUACAAGUGUUCAUAACACUCUGUCUAUUCCAUUUUGUAAAAGAGUGCUUUAGGGUUUUUUUCUCUCCCUCCCACCCCCGGUUUUUGCUGCUGUUGGCUUACUAAAGGUUGUACCAAUUUUAAACAUUGUCAGUACCUGAUCUUUCAAAUGGGCCCAUGAAAUAUAUUUUCUCUUUUUCUGUAACAAAAAUUCAGUAAUUAGGACCAAACUGAUGCAGGAUUUAAAAAACAAGCAGUGAUAGGACCAUUUUCCCCCUCUUAGAUGGCAUAUGUGUUUUCCCCAUUUCAUUGCAUUUGGGGAAUUUAAAAUGGAGCUAAUGUAGUUUGUGAGCAGAAUGCAUAUGUUUUCAUGAUACAGCAGAUUUAGUUAUUUAUAAAGUUAUUUAUAAAUAAUACUUGAGCUCCAUUCCCGAGGUAUGCUGUUCAUCUAGCAUUUAAUCUAUAUGCAGUAACUGGAUAAGAGAGAAACUAUUUUAUUUAUUUAACUUAUUUUUAUCCCGUUCACUCCUGAUCAAACCAGCAUGCAGUAGUUCACCACACGAAUGCAAAACAACAAUAAUAAAAUACAAACAUUACACAUACAGUCUAAAACAUCAUUAUAACUUCCAUAAAUAAUAAUAGUACACAGACAAUAAAAAAAAACCACAGAUCCAAUGCUAAAGUAACCAAUCUUCUUAAAAUAACUCAUUUUAAGAUUGUGUGUGCAAGAUAGGGGAGGCUUGGGUAUAGCUAUGUUUUUUGUCUCUUAAAUCAGAUAGUAGUGAUUCAAACUAUUGGAAAACUACACCCAAUAAUAAUAGCAAGUGGAAAACUGCAUUCAUGAUUACACUGUAAAUGUUUAUUUGUGUAUAUGUAAACUUUCUCCAGUAUUUGAAGGACAGGGAGUGGCCCAUUAUUGUUUUGUUUUGUUUAACUAUAACAUGCCUUGGUUAUGCCACUAAAAUCUUUCUGCACAUUGGGUUGAGGUGUAGAGGAAUAAUCAGCUUGAUUUGUAUUUAGAGUUCUUGUUGUAGUGGUAAAAUUGCCACUAGGUGGGUUUUAACCUACGUAAACAGUAUUUGUGUUCAUCAGUCCUUGAUAUAAAAAAAAGUUUAAAAGCUUCAAUUUCAAAUUAUAUUUGGUAGGUAGAAAAAGGAAAAUUUAACGGAAAAACAAGGACAGCUGAGCUGUGAAGCUUAUUGCUGGAGUUCAUAACCCCAAUUUUUCCCAACUGUAAAUUGCACGCUAUCUUUUCUCUAUUAUUUAUUUACUAACUCUGAAUUUUGCAUUUUUAUGUGGAUAUAUCCCGUACGGUAUAAACGGCGUCAGUGGAUAUGGAAUGCAAAAGAUAAUUCCUUUUUAAACAUAAUGGCUUCUAUUGUUAAAAAAAAAGUGUAUAGCCAUAAACUGAACUGUGUUUUGCAAUUAUCAUGCAUUGUUGCUGACUCUGUAUGCUUUGAAAAUUCUUCAUUCAUGUCCUUUUUAAUUGUGCUAAUAACCUGUACAUUAUUUCCACUUUCCUGAAACCUGUAAAUGUGAUAUGACUGUGUAGCUUAGCAAAUUCAGAUUGUUUGACAUACUGUAUUGUAUGGAAUGAAUGGCAGCAGCGAAUAUAUUUGCAAAAUUAAUCAGCUGUUUGUCUUGUUUAUUAUUUUAUAAAUUGAAACACAGUACUUUACAAGUUCCACAUCUUUUUUUACAAUUUGUUUAUUUACUAUUUCUGAUUCAUCUAGUUUGUAUUUUAUGUAUUUUUA